CUGGAAAGGUGCAGGACUGUAGGUUUGGUUGCUCCCUGGCGUAAACGAAGUCCAAUCUAUUAAAGUCGGCAGUUUUAUACGCAGCUAGGUGUAGGUGUAACCGUAGUUGCCUGGUCUUUUUAGCCCAGUAGGAGCGCUCACAGAAAAAACGAGUUGCCUCGAGAAAAAAAAAAAAAAUAGAGAGCGAGAGGAACUGUGUGUGAGAGAGAGACGAUGGAUCUCUCGCAGCUCCAAAGCGCCCUCGCUUCCAAAUCGUACGAGAAGAUUGCAGACAUCUGUGACGAGGUCAUGCUCCAGGUUGCCUCGAGAGGAAUCGUCUUCCAAGAGGAGUGGCCUUACGCGAUCCAUCUCUUAGGGCAUAUCUAUGUGAACGAUCUCAACAGUGCGAGGUUCUUGUGGAAAUCGAUACCCCAGGGAAUCAAAGAGAGCCGGCCUGAGCUCGUGGCCGCCUGGAAGAUUGGGCAAUGCCUCUGGAAUCGGGACUAUGCCGGGGUUUAUGGCGCUAUCCGUGGCUUCGAGUGGAGCCCCGAAGUGAUUGGUCUCGUCACCACCUUCUUAGAGAACUAUACAAAAAAGAUGUUUCAGCUUUUAACUUCUGCAUAUUCAACAAUUACUGUUGCUGAUGUGGCUCACUUCAUGGGAAUGAGCGAGGAUGAUGCCACAAACUAUGCGCUGCAGCAAGGUUGGACUUUGGAUUCAUCUUCGCAGAUGCUGACUGUUAGUAAGCCAAAGAUCACUACGGAGCAGAAGUUAGACCCUAGCAAACUCCAGCGUUUGACAGAAUUUGUUUUCCACCUGGAGCACUGAUCUCCUUUGCAUUUUAAGGAGUUUUUUCUUCAAUGCUGUUAGUCAAAUUAUGGAUAUCCAUUGGAUUUGUUGGGAGUAAUUUAAGGAAGCAUGUUCUAAUUCUGCUCAGAUGAUGAGGUUUUGGUAAUGGUUGUUGUUGCGAUGUGCUACUGGGCUGGUCAAGUUAAAAGCGUGGCUUAUAUGGAUCUGUUAGUAA